CCAACUCCAGAGUGCGAUUAAUUAUUUAACUUGUAUUCUUAUGGCGGUUUUGCCUCUCUCUCUAUCGAAACCCUCGCGGUAAAACCCCAUAUUUUACACUAGCUGCAAAAGAAUUCAUGGCGGAUGAAAAGAAGCAGAUAUAUCAUGAAAGGCAGAAGUUACAAUUUUGCCUGCUACACUCGCUCAACAAUCUUUUCCAGGAGAAGCAUGCAUUUACACGAAAAGAUUUGGAUGAUAUAGCUGAAAAACUUGUCCUAGAAGAUCCAUACAAAGGAAAUUGGACACCCUUUUCGGUUAUCUUCAAGCCUCAUCAUAAUUCACUAACAGGUAACUAUGAUAUAAAUGUGUUAAUUUCUGCGGUGGAAGGAAAGGGGAAGCGGGUAGUUUGGCAUGAUCGGCGUAAUCGAGCUUCUUCCAUUAAUCUUGAUGAAUCUGAAGGGAAAUUAAUGGGAAUUGUGCUAAAUAUUCCUGUAAAAAGGUAUGGUGGGUUUUGGAGGAGCAGACAUUGGGUUUCCUUGAGAAGGAUUAAUGGGGUUUGGUAUAACUUGGAUAGUGACUUUGAAUCUCCUUACUCAUUUGGAAAUAUCGAAGAAUUAAGGGAUUUUUUGGAUGGUGCCAUUGAUGGCGGUACUGAGGUACUGCUUGUAAAGGAUGAUGACUAGUUACCUACAUUAGAGAUUGGAUUGGUUUAUCCUUUUAGGCACUUUAAAACUGGUUAUAGGGUGAAGGUUUUUCUGCAUGUUGCAAUUUAAGGCUGUUCUACAAGUUCAUGUUGUGGUGAAAUGUGGUCGAUUGUGAUUGGGAUCUCUUAUGAUUCAAAAUUGAAUUAAAAAAAUGGUAAAAUGGCCAUGGAGAGAUGCUCUUUUAGAUGGUGCAUACACACUCAUAUUUAGUUAUUUGAGAUUUCAAAUGUGAGCGCUCCUCAAUGGUAUUGCAAGUUGAAUAUCUACUAUGUGUUCUCUUUACCAGUUUGUAACUUUAUUGCUGCUUUAUAUAGAGGUUUUUGUGUUAUAAACACAUGGUUCAGUGGGUUUAUUAUUUACUCCGUUGAGCAGAAAAGAGUUAUGGUUUACAUCCAUCAACCUAUUCUUUCUUUGUCAAGAUUCUUGUAUAUUCUGGCAAUACUCUCAAAGAACAUCAAUUGAUCAUAUAGGAUUCAUCUAUUUGUGCGUUUGUAGCC